AAAUUAUUUUCGGCAUUGAUCACUCAUAGUCACUUUCCACUAGCCAUAUUGGCCAACACCUGAGUGGUAAGUCUAGAUUAGUUAUUUAUGUUUUAACAGUUAAGACCACAUGGAUGGAUCUUAUGUUGUUUUGGCUACGAACCAGAUCUCUUGCGACAGGGAUCGGAGGCACACAACAUUGAAGAAUCAGAAAGAAUUACCCUCCAGACAACGCGCGACUAUUGAGGACGUUUUGCCGGAGAAUACCCGGCCGUCGGACGCCAGACUGCGACACUUCAAAUCAAUAUCUUGUGGCUUUUCAUUCUUUGUAGCCGGAGUCAACGAUGGAAGUCUUAGUACCAUUCUACCUCAUGUGCUUCGAUCAUAUGAUAUAGGUACUAAACUAGUCUCAGCAGUAUUCGCAUGCUAUAUUUAUGUGACUUAAAAGACUGCAUAUAGCAAGAAAGAAUCAAUUAAACCCCAAUUUUGAAAAACCCUCAAGUGGAAUUCUCACUUAU